UUACGUCAUUUUCACAGAUGAGUUUUAUCGAAUUAUUGAAGUUUGUAUAAAUUAUUUAAACUGUACUUUGACUUUGAGGUGAAAGUUUUGCGUAGAAGUUUAAUAACAUCUCUUUGUAAAACUGUUAUAGCGAUAUUGUUCUACUUGCCAUUGCUCAUUAUUCGAUCAAUGUCGGAAUCAUACGUUUGUUUUUCAGAUUUCCUCUUCAAGUUCUUAGUAAUUGGAAGUGCAGGUACUGGGAAGUCCUGCUUGCUUCAUCAGUUCAUUGAAAAUAAAUUUAAAGCUGAAUCAAGUCACACAAUUGGUGUUGAGUUUGGGUCUAAGGUGGUGAAUGUUGGAGGUCGAUCAGUAAAGCUACAGAUAUGGGAUACUGCUGGCCAGGAGCGUUUCAGAUCUGUGACUAGAAGCUAUUACAGAGGUGCUGCUGGUGCCUUGCUGGUAUAUGACAUCACCAGCCGAGAAACCUACAAUGCCUUGACCAAUUGGUUGACAGAUGCCAGAACUCUAGCCAGUCCUAACAUCAUAAUUCUUCUAGUAGGUAACAAAAAAGAUCUGGAAGAUGAUAGAGAGGUUACUUUCCUUGAAGCCAGUCGGUUUGCACAGGAAAAUGAACUCAUGUUCCUGGAGACCAGUGCAUUGUCUGGUGAAAAUGUAGAAGAAGCAUUCCUGAAGUGUGCUAAAUCAAUCUUGGCAAAAAUUGAAACAGGAGAACUUGAUCCAGAGAGAAUUGGUUCAGGUAUUCAGUAUGGAGAUGCAUCUUUUCGAAGAUUGAAUCGUCAGCAACAACAACAGCGACGCCCUGAAUGUUCAUGCUAGAUCAAUUUCAGUAUAGUGAAAAUUUGAGUAUCUAUCACUGCAUUACUAGACAUUUAUUGAACAACAUCACAUACAGGGUUUCUUUUCAUCUUUUUUUUUUCUUUCUUUUAAUUGACAGACUUCAGAAGUUUCUCCUGGUGGUUUUGUUUUAAAUAUCAUAGAACAAUACUGAUUAUUUUUCAUGCUUUAAACUUCUUAUUGAGAUUGACUAUAACUACAGACAUAUAUAUUUUGUGUUACAAGUCACUGACCACACUAGAAUUGGAAACCCAUGCCAUAUGCAUAUUAAGCUGAGAUUUUAUGCUUUUAGAUAAUGUGAUAUUUUGGGCAACUUAAUGUUAGUUAUGUUGAAAAAAAGUGAUUGAUAGGUACUAAUAUUUGAUGAGAAUUUUGAAACCAUUAAUGAAUGAAAAUUCUUAUAAUUCUAGUAAAAUACAACUUCUUUUAUAUUUAUUGCAGAUUUAGAGUUAGCAUUGAAAGAUAUUAUUCCAAAAUUUAUUAUCUCAGUUCUAACAUACAAUUGAUUUCCUAGUAGUGUAAUUAUUUUAGUUAUAAACUUUAUCUGGUACAUGAAUAAAGCGUUUAUUUUCAGAUACAAAUAAGAACCCUUUCUUUUAUCUUUCCACCUUCUUAUGGAUAUUUUUUGUUUUACUUAAGAAUUUGUCAUGGCGAAAGACACAAAGUGAUAUUAGAAUUUCAAUAUUCUAAAGAAACUUUGUAUUAAAAGUUUAUCAGGAAAUAUGCAUUUGCCCUUAAAUUACACUGUAUGGUGAUGUUCUUUGCAUUCAUUGGAUAUAAUCAUUUCAUGGAAGGGAAUCUGAAGUAUGAAUUUCUUUGUUAUCUUAAGUACCUUAUCUUGUUUGUUAAACAUAGAAAAUGUUUUUUCAUAUAGUCAUACUCAGGGUAAAAAAAUGGCCAAGAAAGGGUUUGGUUUGUGUCCAUUCAAACAUUCAUUGUUAUAGUUUAUUUUUCUUUCAUUUUUGUGGAGAAACAGUUAGGCUAUCAUCUACGAGAAACUCUCUCUCCCCAAGUUAGCUGCAUAAAAAAAAAAUUAAUGUACUAUCUUUAUGCGUAUGUUGAAUCAUUUAAAAAAAAAACUAUUUUGGAGUUUGUAGUUAUGACAAAGAUAUACAUUACUGCUUAAUCUCAUAUUUCUGUUAAUAUUUAACUGUAUAUGU